UACAGUGUUAAAACGGUGCUUAAAGCUCUCGAUGUACUCCGGCAUCAGUUGAAGCAAGCUACCAAAGAUUUAGAAACGCUCAACCGUCUGAAAGAGAAAGCUAUGCAAGAGCCUUUUGAGUUUGUAUCCAAUCUUUGCGACAAGCAGCGGCGUGUGCCACAAUUGCAACGUGUUGUGUGCGUUCCCGAAAUCGACUGGAAUAAGUAUCGAUUUAUACCCGAAACUCGGUUGGCACAAAAAGCAGAAUGUCUAAUACUGUACCAGAAUUCUCUCGAUACGAUCGUUACGCCUACGGCUACUACACCGACCAUGACUCCUACGGCGAAAGCAUUGAGUCGCGAUUUAGCUAGAGCAACUCAAGCGUUACGACAAGUCCCCUCUCGCGCAGGAUCUGUAUCCGAGGAAUCAGAUAAAGAGUCUGACGAAGAGCAGUCUGUGCAAAGUGGAAUGGGCAAAGGCAAAGGCAAGCGCCGCACGUCAAUGGCACAGAAUGGAACCCAAUCACCCCUCGCUCCUCAGUCACCGGUCCAUGAUGUCCGAUACAAUGAAAAAGCGCCUUCUUUCCGCUUCAGAUCAAUUGAACCACGUCUUUCUGAAGAAUUAUCAUCUACCGACGACAACAAGUUGGCUACGCAUAAUCUACCGUGGUCCGAUGAAGAACAGCGUCGUUUGGAAGAAUUACUCGAGAUUUAUCCUGAUGAGCCUGUUCAAGCGCAGCGGUUCAAUAAAAUCUCGGCUGCGCUUGGUACACGAACGCCGCGACAAGUUGCGAGUCGCGUUCAAAAAUAUUUUAUCAAACUGGCCAAGCUGGGACUCCCUGUGCCUGGAAGAAUUACUAUACCGCCCUCUUGUUUGCCAAAAUCGGAUCGCGGUGGAAGUCAUAAAGCCAAGUCUCGCCACGGCAAAAUUUCCAAACCGAAAUCCAAAGCUGCUGGCAAUCGUGCACGACCAGCUGUACGUCGAGGCGGCUCAGGCUAUAAUGCCUUUGUCUCAGGCGGUUUAACAAAUAGCAGAAUCUCCGGAGGAUACUACUCUACCUCUCAGGCUCCGCCUGCAUUACUCAUGUCGGAUGAAGAAGAUACGGACAUUAAAGAAGCAAUGCUUGAUGUGGCAAAAAAUUCUGGGAAAAAGGUAUUGUUGAACGCGGGCAGGCAUGGUUCGUUUUCGUGCGAUGGCUGCGGAAUAGAACCUAUUGUUGGUGUACGGUAUAAAUGCACUGUGUGCGAUGUGAGCGAAGAAAUUGAUUUAUGCAGUAAAUGCAUGGCGGCCGGAACGUUUUCCAAUGGUUUGUCGUGA